AUGGACUCAACUCGAUCCUUGGUCACUCUACUCUCCAAUCUCUAUGGAAACUUGUCAUCAGUUCCUAAGUCUAUUACAUCAGAGGAACAAUCUAGUGAAAAAUUACUGAACUGGCCAUCAAUCUCCAACUUCCUCUCUGUCGUCACAAGUUCUGGCUUACGGCAAUAUGACCAAGGGCUAUUCUUGUCCGGUCUUCACUCCGCCUCUCUUGGCGAAGGCCGCGAUUAUAGAGUAGAUCUUUGCGAAGAGAGUGGUACCGGCAAUCGACUCAUCGUAAAACAUGUCAAAUUAGAGCCUCCGCCUCCUGGUACAGUAGAGCAAGCAAAAGAUCCUGUUGUCCGGCGUUUCCGGAAAGUUCUCAAAGAGGUUAGGGUGAUGUCGCAUCCGCCUCUAAAGAACUGCAAGUAUAUUCUGGGCUUGUCAGGUUACGGUUGGGAAUAUGCUGAUCAGGCCUACUUAUCGCCAUUUCUGGUUGUCGAGUACGCAAAUCGGGGAACACUUCGGGACUUUUUCCGGUCAAUGCCUUCAACGAGUUGGGAGCAAAAAAGAGCCAUCUGUGAACAAAUUGCACGCGGCCUUUUCGCGCUCCACUCCUCUGCGAUCGUUCAUGGAGACGUAAAAAUGGAGAACAUCCUGAUAUGUGAGGUUGCCCCUGAGGUUUUUUGUGCGAAAAUAGCCGACUUUGGAUCUUCCAUUUUGGCCGUCGGAGAAAAUGGUGUUCGUGAUUAUUGGGGCACUGAGCUUUACAACGCGCCAGAGCUUCGGAAAGGACAGCUUUACCACAAAGAUAGGGAUAUCGUGGCAGAGAACCUGCUUUGGGCGUGCGAUAUCUACUCGUACGGCUUACUAGUAUGGGAAGUCGUACGGAACGGACGGAACUUCUUUGCCGAGGAACGAGCUCAAUCUGCGGUUGACGGAAAUGAAUAUGGCCAAAUUAUUGACAUCGCCCUAAAAGAUUGUGACAUGGAAAGGGAGGCCGGAGAUUCAAGCCGGAUCCUAUUCAAGUUGCGGCGUGUUGUUGAGCAUGCACUACAUCUUCAUCCGUCAGAGCGCUGGAAACCUGACGUGAUCAUCUCGGCCCUUGAAAAUGUGAAGCAACAAGAAUCGCUUGUGUGCUAUCCACUACAUCUUCCCUCAAAGGACACAACACUUCGUCAGAGCCCCCGAGAUAUCUUUUCCGACUUGGUUACCGAAUUUUCGACGGACGAAGUGUCCGAAUCAACUAUCAGAAUACCUCCGUGGGACAUUCAAAUGGCACUGGCAUCUGGGAUAAGACAACAUACCGAGCAGCCGGAUUCUGACGAAACGGGAAAGGCCGCAUUAAACAUGUCAAUAUUAUAUUUUCUAGGAUUUGGAGUGGAGAGAGACAUCGAAAGAGCGCUAAGUUUCAUGAAAUUAGCGAGUCAAAAAGGCUCAGUUGCAGCACGACACCUGGUCGCACGUCUUCACGCUGCAUUCAACAUCGAUCUUGUAGAGGAAUCUGUAGAUGCUUUAGAUUCUCCCUCCGAGGAGGAUCAGGCUUCGAUCAUUAUCAGCGCACUGAAGGAGACCACCUACUACACGCCAUGGCAUGAAGUAGAUCUCGUUUCUCAGCGAAAGAUGCUCCAGGCUUGUGAUCACAGCGGUUUUGGGAUCCACGAGCUAGCAUACCUCGGCAUUACCGAUCGGCUAAAUAAACUCCUAGUUAGUGGCACCAAAGACUGUCCAGACGACGUAGGACGAACGGCGCUCUACUUUGCCUGCUGGGGCGGCCAUUUACCCGCGAUCCAAUCUUUACUUGCCCACGGGAGUGAAGCAUGGAGAGGAGAUAGAGAUGGCUAUACCCCCUUACAUUUCAUGAUCAUGCUUCCUCAGGAAGAUGUUGUUGAUGCAGUGGAUAGCAUUAUGCGCUCUCCAAACGUAGACAUCAACGCUUACGCUAGUGAGCCUCUAGAACUCCUGGAGGGUUGGAUCGAGGUAGUAGGUGCUCCAAUCCACUGGGCUAUCGCGUCUAGGAAUGAGACGCUGGUUAUCGCACUUCUUCAGCAUGGAGCUGAUAUCACUUCUUGGGAUACAGAACGUUCUCCCAUUCACCUUGCAGCUUCACUCCAUCUAUAUGACAUUCUGGAGAUCCUUCUAAAACCGGCCUUUCUUCCAUCAAUUGAAGCCCUUCACCACAUUCAAUCGCCAUUCUUCUCUUUGAAUCGCAGCGACCCGAUCUGGCGCACAGCCCUCCACGGAAAGAUAUGGAAGGAAGCUAUCCAGCAAACGAUCUCAAUCCUUGCGCGGCACUGGGACGUCAACGAGAUUUCGCACCCUGAAUUCGGCCUGACUCCUCUUUCUAAGAUUGCAUACACCAAUAUUAGCGACGUUGACGUCGAAAUAGCCGCUUGUCUCAUCGCACACCCGGGUUGCACCCCAGAUGUCCAGUCUUCAGGAAUCACCGCCUUGCAAGCAGCCAUCUUUGGCAUACGUGGUGUUCCUGUGGCUUCACAUGCCAAAAUUGCCAAGUUAAUUCUUGAUGCAGGCUGCUCUGCUCGUAAGACCAGCUUAAUGAUCAAACCUGGAUGGAACGCCCUCCACUGGGCCAUUGCUCAGAACACAAUUUCGGGGGUUGAAGCGAUCCUGAUGAGAGAUAGAGACCUCUUGCAUGUCGUCACCCAAGACGACUUAGCUGAAUAUCCGCUGCAUCUCGCAACACUUGUUGGCUGUCCAAUGCUCAAACUUUUAUUGGAUUUCGGGGCUAAUCCAGCCUUGGAAACAAAAUCAGGUCUCACUCCUUUAGGAUCUUACCUCAGCGAUCAGCGAGCCGAAACUCCAAACGAGAUGUUGGACGCUCUACUGUCCGCCGCUAGAACGAACAAUUAUAUUGUGUUCAAGCGUGACGAGGAGGACUGGACGGUUCUUCAUUAUACCGUCACACGUGCGUCAAUCCUCUCCAUGGAAGGAAUCCAAGGGCAACUCCUUCUGCAGACUCUUUUGUCUAAUCACCCAGAUCUGAUGCGAGAGCUGUUGGAUGUUCGCACGAAGGCCGGCUGGACGCCAUUACAUCUCGCAGCGUAUAAUAGCGGAUAUGGUGCGGUACGACUGCUCUGUGAGUUCGGCGCGGAUGUACUAUUAGAGACAAGAAGUGGCGUGGAUGCAUUUAAUAUUGUUCUAGAGAGGGCAAGACACACGCCACCAAAAUCAUUGAGAGGGGAAGGUAUGGAGAUAAAGUGGAUGAGGAGUGGAUAUAAAGCGGCGAAACUGCUAAAGAAGUAUAUGGCUGAGCGUGACUGCAUAAUAGACUUGACAAAGCUGCAUCUUGCUGCCUACAUGGGGUACUAUGAGAAAGUUGUGAGGUUAGUGGAGAAGGGUAUGAAUCCAAGUAUUACAGUCAGCGGCGAAACGCCUGCGCAGAUGUUAGAAGGAUCGCUGUGGAAUGGAGAACCGGAGUUUAAAGAAAGAGCAAGGAGAAUCUUGGAUUUCCUUAAAAAGAAGGGGGGAUAA